UAUCACAAUACGCCGAUUAUUUCGGCAUGUUCAGUACUAUUAACGUUCAAACUCCUUGUCCCAGGUUAUUGUAAUUUAAUAUCUUAAAUAUUGAUUUAUAGCCUUAAGCUUGAGCAAGUUUGAUCACUUUGCAAUUCCUGGCAUAGUUUGCCUGUAUACCCGAUACGAUAAUUUUUUUUUACCACUCUUAAAUCUGUGAUAAAUUAUUGGAAAGAAGCAUGACUGCUUCUUUAUCUCGUUUUGCCGUUCUUCGAAUUGAUGACGAUGAAGAUGAGAAAGCAGCUUCUAGAGCACGGGAUAAACAAAGGGCAGCAGCACAAAAACUAGCAGAAUCAAAAAAUAAGUCUGGAAAAGUAAAAUUGAAUUCAGAAAAGAAUGCUGCAAAGAAGAUGAAGGCUGCCCAAGAAAAGGCAGAGCUGAAAUCUUUGGCGUUUGGUGGAAGCAAACCCAGAAAAUCUUCUGCCCCUAUUAAGAAACCUGCUGGAAAUGAAGUCUCAUCUAACUUUAAAGAAUGGAAACAGAAAGAUCAGGAAUUUGUUGAUGAUGAUUUUGAGGCACAACUCAAAGAGGCAAUAAUGGCUUCGAAAGUAGAUUUUGAGGCAAAUAGUGGAGAAGCCACUAAACUGUCAGAAAAAGAAGAUGUAAACAACAAACCAUCUAAUAAGAAGAAAGCGGGAAAUAAUAAAAAUAAAGGGGCCACUACCAUGUCUCUUGAUCAAUUCAAACAGGGCCCACAGGAAUCUCCUCGAGAAGCCCCAGCACAUCAAGGAAUUAAUGGAAAAAUCAUUGGAGAAGAGCAUUUCUUUGAAGAAGUUGCAGAUGAGGCAAAAAAAAUUAUUAACAAGGAGAAGAAAAAAAAUGAAUCUUCAAAGAAUACAAAAAAAGCUAAGGAGGCUGUUCAUGUUGAGCAACCACGGCUAGCUCAGCUCCACGAAGAAUUGAGUCAAAAAAAUAUCGAAAUAGAAAGUCUUCGGUCGGAAAAUGACAGACUGCGUGAAGAGUUGCUCAACGUUAAAACCCGCAACAAGAAGCUUUGUGGAAUCUUACUUCAAGGAGAAAUGAAAGAAAAGGCCCAACUCCUUGUCGAAAUGGAUAAAAUUUCUAAAGUCAAAGAUGAGUUGAUGGCUGAGCUAGAAAUCGUGACCAAUCAAUUACACCAGGAACGGAGCAAAGUUACCGUACUGACCGAUUUAAAGAAAACUGCUAGUUACAAGAAAAGGUCUGAAAACGAAAAGUAAACCUCGGGAGCGUGAACUAGCCCAAACAGUAACAUGGAAAUUCACGAAUUAUCUUCAGAUGAUUUGGCAUGUUUACAUUCUAAAAUUCUGUGUUAUUUCACUUAAAAAAAUUUUUCUUCGUCGAAUUUCGAUUGGUUGGCGAAAUUGCUAUAAGCAACGUACCUUUGAGUAUACACGGA